AUGUCCGACACCGAAUCCUUCAUAGAGUCCGAUCUCUUUGCAGAGCCAGAAGGCUACUACAAACCAGCUCCAGAAGCGCAUUUUGCCGACUAUGAAAGAACCAAUAUCCCAGAAAACUCUCAAAACAAGUCCAAGAGCGUCAAACUACGGCUAGUGGGCUCAUCGCCUCUUUGGGGACACUUGCUUUGGAAUGCAGGUAUCUACACAGCCCAAUAUCUCGACAAGCAUCCUGAGCUUGUACUCGACAAGUACGUCCUGGAGCUAGGUGCGGCUGCAGCACUGCCGUCAGUGAUUGCAGGUCUCAUUGGUGUGAAAAAAUGUGUUUCUACGGACUAUCCUGACGUGGAUUUGAUCCAAAAUAUCCAGCACAAUGUAAACCAUGCGCUUUACGAAGGCCAACCCGAUUUUGACCCUGCUACACGAGCUGUGGUGGUUGAGGGAUACAUAUGGGGAAAUAGCUACGAUCCAAUUACUCAACAUUUACCCUCAAAACAAUCCAAAUUCGAUUUCAUUAUCCUUAGCGAUCUCGUCUUUAACCACACAGAGCAUCUGAAACUUCUACAAACGACCAAGGACCUCUUAGCAUCAAACGGAAAAGCCCUGGUAGUGUUUUCGCCUCACAGACCCUGGCUUCUUGAAAGCGAUCUUCAAUUUUUUGAGACCGCAAAAGAAUUCGACCUCGUUCCAACCAAGAUCGACAUGGUCAAUUGGAAGCCCAUGUUCGAGGAAGACGAGGAAACCAGCGAGGUGAGAUCGCGGGUAUACUCGUACUAUUUAACGCAUAAAGCUUAA